AAAUCGGGAAAUUUGCUAGAAUCAAGAAUGAUGGAUCCCUGUUCAGUUGGAGUCCAGCUUCGUACCACAAAUGAGUGCCAUAAAACGUACUAUACUCGCCAUACAGGCUUCAAGACUUUGCAAGAAUUGUCUUCAAAUGAUAUGCUCUUACUUCAACUUAGAACCGGAAUGACACUUUCUGGGAACAAUACAAUCUGUUACCAUCAUGCGAAAAUUUACAUUGACAGAUUUGAGGAUUUGCAGAAGUCAUGUUGUGACCCAUUUAACAUACACAAAAAACUAGCCAAAAAAAAUUUACAUGUAAUUGACUUAGAUGAUGCCACUUUCCUGAGUGCAAAAUUUGGAAGACAGCUUGUACCUGGUUGGAAGCUUUGUCCAAAAUGUACGCAGAUAAUCAAUGGAAGCGUGGAUAUUGAUUCUGAAGACCGCCAGAAGAGAAAACCUGAUUCAGAUGGUAGAACUGCCAAAGCUUUGAGGUCAUUACAAUUUGCAAACCCAGGAAAGCAAACAGAAUUUGCUCCAGAAACCGGUAAAAGAGAAAAAAGACGACUUACAAAAAAUGCAUCAGCUGGGUCAGACAGGUAG